CAUGGGGCCCCUCAAGGCGAGCGCCAAGGAGCACAAAAUGCAGGACAAGGAGAUCUGCCGCAGCCGUAUUCCCCGCCUGGUCCUCCGGCCUCACCUUUCCCAGCAGCACCCGUACCACCAGAAAGUGUCCCCGGCAUCUGAGUCGCCCUUCUCGGAGGAGGAGAGCCGAGAGUUCAACCCCCUGAGCUCUUCUGGAGGCUCAGCAAGGACCAUCAGCAGCAACAGCUUUUGCUCAGAUGACACAGGUUGCCCCAGCAGCCAGUCGGUAUCUCCAGUGAAGACUCCUCCUGAUACUGGACACAGCCCGGUCAGUUUUUGUACUGGCAGUGAUGGAGAUCACACGAGGAAGAAAUUUAAUUCGGGAACAAUGGGGGACGGAAUGCAACAGUCAGCUCGACAUAAGAAGGAAACAAAGACCAGCCUCGUGAAGCCGGGAAGCGAAGCUGACUUUAGCUCAUCGAGCAGCACGGGCAGCAUUUCAGCUCCUGAAGUCCAUAUGUCAGUGGCUGGGAGCAAAAGAUCGUCGUUUUCUCGGAAUCGAGGGCCUCACGGACGGAAUAGCGGAUCUUUGUCCUAUAAGACUGGCUCCAGUCCUCCAGCAUCCCGUGAGAAGGACUUCCUGUCGAUGCUGUGCAAAAACCAGCGGUCUGCACGAUACACCUCUUGUGGCGAGAACCACGGCAUUAAACCACCGAGUCCAGAACAGUAUCUGACUCCCCUGCAGCAAAAGGAAGUGACAGUGAGGCAUCUGAAGACAAAACUGAAGGAGUCUGAGAGCAGGCUUCAAGAAAGAGAAACAGAAAUCAAGGAGCUGAAAUCUCAACUGGCACGCAUGCGAGAAGACUGGAUCGAAGAAGAGUGUCAUCGCGUGGAAGCUCAGCUCGCCUUGAAAGAAGCGAGGAAAGAGAUCAAACAGCUCAAGCAGGUCAUUGAAACCAUGAAGAACAGCUUGGCUGAAAAAGACAAAGGGAUUCAGAAGUAUUUUGUGGAUAUCAACAUCCAGAAUAAGAAACUGGAAUCCUUACUCCAAAGCAUGGAAAUAGCACAGAACUGUUCUUUUAGCGAGGAAAUAAAUCUAAAGUACGAGUGUGGGUCACCCGAUAAGUCCUUGGCUACGAGUACAGCCUAUUCCAAAAUGGCAGACAGUCUACUUGUGGAGGACCAGUCUAUGGAGGAUCUGGCGGAUAGCGGCGUGCUGCUUAGCGACGAUGUGGCUAACGGGAAUGACAUCUUCGAAGAGACAAUGGUUGCUACCACACCUGAGCUUGGGCAUCAGGACGUCUUUCCGUCCCCUGCCUUAACCCAUCUGGAUCCUUUGUCAAACCUACCAAGCUCCACAGAAGAGGAUGACAACGGCAACCGCCACGUGGCAACGGAACAGGCAGUUCAGGCGGAUGUCUUGUUGUAUAGCUCAGGCUUGGAACAGCUGAUCCAGAACCUGUUCAAGGCCCAAGAUGGUCGUCCCAUCAGCCCGUCUCCAGCUUUAAGAGAAUCGGACGGGUCUUGUCCCGAAAGCUUCACGGACUCGCUUGUGGACUUGACCCCGUGCGAUCCAAAUUCUGCGAUCCUUUUGUCUCCCAUGGAGUCGGUGCAUGGCGCCGUAGAUUCUAGGUGUUAUGAAAACCGGGUCAUGAAGGAACUGGACUUCACAGACUGUCCGACUGAAAUGUUCGGGAGUGUCGUGCAGUUGUCUGAGGGAAAGGCCAUGAAGAGAUACUGGAGCAGCAACCUCCUCGUUGAUCUUAUGGCUGUUGCCGCCCCCAUUGUGCCGACGGCAAUUUUGAUGCUCAGUACUCAGAAAGGAGGGAUUAAUCCAGUCUACAACAUUGGAGUGUUGCUUCGUGGCUGCUGUCUGGUAGCUCUGCAUUCCCUUCGCCGUAACUUCCACCCCUAG